CUCGGACCCUCGUCCCUUCUCUGUCUUCAAACACUGUGACAGUGCCUCUCAAGCUUCGACUUUCAGAACCCAUCAACCAUGGAAAUCUAUCAAUUCAGAGCUCAGUUCGAGUUUCAAAUAGCGCCAUUGCUGCUACUGAAAUGUCGAAGCCAAACAGAGCCAGUAGAUGGUCUCUUCAUGGCAUGACGGGUCUUGUCACCGGAGGCACCAGGGGCAUUGGGCAUGCAAUUGUGGAAGAAUUGGCAGGAUUUGGGGCGAGAGUACAUACAUGUGCGCGUAAUGAAGCUGAGCUCUAUAAAUGCUUGCGGAGUUGGGAAAAGGAGGGUUUUAUAGUCACUGGUUCGGUCUGCGACGUGUCGUCUCGAACCGAUCGUGAGAAGCUAAUGGAAGAUGUCUCAUCUGUGUUCAAUGGGAAUCUCAACAUUCUUAUAAAUAAUGUUGGAAGAAAUAUACGGAAACCUAUGGUAGACUUCACAGCUGAAGAAUUUUCCACACUGAUGGCAACCAAUUUUGAAUCUAUUUUCCAUAUGUGCCAACUUGCAUAUCCUCUAUUGAAAGCAUCAGGAACAGGAAGUGUGGUAUUUACGUCCUCUGUCUCUGGUUUUGUGUCACUGAAGUCUAUGUCUGUCCAAGGAGCAACUAAAGGAGCAAUUAAUCAACUUACAAAAAAUUUGGCAUGUGAGUGGGCAAAGGACAAUAUCAGGAGUAAUGCGGUUGCACCUUGGUACAUCAGAACCUCAAUGGUGGAGCAAGUGCUGGCUAACAAAGAAUACCUGGAAGAGGUAUUUGAUAGAACUCCAAUUCGGCGUCUUGGAGAUCCAACAGAGGUUGCAUCCCUCGUGGCAUUCCUUUGCCUUCCUGCAUCAUCUUACAUAACCGGCCAGAUAAUUUGUGUUGAUGGUGGAAUGUCUGUGAAUGGCUUCUAUCCAAGACAUGACUAGAAAGAGCGAGUCGCAACUUUUCAUGUCUAUACUUUCACUUUUGUAGACAAAAUUUUUUUCCCAAGUAUUCUCGUGUGUUUAUUUCUUAAUUUCAUUUUUGAAUUAGAGGCUGUAGUUUGUCAACUAGAUCAUGAAUCUGAUUUACCAAAUAUUUUAUUGUUUCUUUUUUUGGGUUCAACGGUGAAAGAUAUCCAGACCCGUUUACGCUUAACCUGUGUUGUUUUAUCUUCAUUGUAUUAUGGCCAAUAGAUG